AUGUACCACGCGUACCCGGACCAUCGCAGCAAGACGAAUAGCAGCAACGUGAUCCUCUUCAUAUCCGACAUCUUUGGAAUCCCGCUCCUCCAAAACAAGUUGCUUGCAGACUCAUAUGCUCGCGCAGGAUACCUUACCGUGAUACCAGAUCUGUUCGCCGGCGACGCAAUUCCUAGCGACAUUCCCGAAGGCCAGCUCAACUUGACCGCGUGGUUUCCCAACCACCAGCCCGCCAACGUCGAUCCCAUCAUCGAGAAGACGAUUGCAUACAUGCGCGAUGACCUUGGUAUCCAGACUAUCGGGGCCGUCGGAUAUUGCUUUGGAGGCAGAUAUGUAGCCCGCUUCUUGGCCGAAGGCAAGGGUGUUGAUUUGGGCUUCACUGCGCAUCCGAGCGUACUUUCCAACGCCGAGAUCGCCCAGAUUGUAAACCCAAUUAGUAUCGCGGCUGGUGAACUUGAUGCAACUUUCAAUAUUACGCAACGUUAUGACGCCGACCGUCUUCUCACGGGUAACAAUGUGACGUACGAACAGACACUGUACUCGGGCGCCCCCCACGGAUUUGGAGUUAGAGUCAAUGCCAAUAUCCCCAGGCAGAAGUAUGCAAAGCAGUCGGCGUAUAUUCAGGCGUUGAAGUGGUUCGACUUCUGGCUCUAG